AUGGCGGAAAGUUUUGGUAAUCUGUUCUGGUCUCCUGACUAUAAGACAGGGAUUGAUAAAUUGAACAAACAGUCCAUCACAUCUUUGAAGCAAUUACAUGAUUUGCGUCAAUUGGUUUUCAAUUAUAUGAAUUACUAUCAUGCCAAUAGUCAAUUUUUGAACAAAUUAUCUAUCGAAACAUCUGAUUCAUCAUUUUCAAAUCAUCGUGAUGAUUUCAGAAGUGAAAAGGGUUCUCCUUCAAGAAAAUUAUACCAGAGAAGAACUUUUUCCCUGACUUUUAGGAAAUCUGAAGAAAAAUCACAAGAUUCUGAUAUCAAACAAGAUACCAACGAUCAUUCAAUUACUGUUGAUGUACCCGUUUCAGAUUAUGUCAAAGAUAUAACAGCUGAAGCCAACACCUUACUGAGUUUGGCAUCAACUAUUGACAGAGAGGUUUUAGAGGACAUUAAUGAUUUCAUUAAAUCGCAUGAACCAUUUGUAAGACAAACAUUAGAUCAUUUAGAUGAACUCUUGAAUGACUAUGUGGUAACUUUCGCUGACGUAGAGAAAUUGAAAGUUGACUACAGUGAAUGUCGUAGAUUGAAAGAGUUCUCUGAUAAUGAAAAGGUUACCAAGAAAGAAUCCGAUGAUAUUAAAGACGAUAUACAACCAAGUCAUUCAGAAAAUUCCGAGAUUUCUAUACAUAUCAAUCAAAACAGUGAUGAUGAAAUUGAAGUCGACCGAUCAGAUAAUGAAGAUGAAUUUGAUUUCCCUAUUUUCAUUGGUCCUGUAAAAAUCAAAACUCAAAAAGAAUUAUCCCUUUUCUUAAAUGAUGCUAUUAGAAUUGUUGAUACCACCAAAAGAAGCUUCCCCUUACCUGGGCAUAAGAAUGAAAUCUUCAGUAGUGAUGAAUUAUGUCAAUUCUUGAUACACAAAAGACCCUUUAGAUUAAACCCUACAAGAUUAAAUUUAGAAAGAUUCGGGCAAUCUUUAUUAGAUUUGAAACUUAUCAUGGGAUCUAAUCUUAUCGCUACAAAGAAAUUCAAAAGUGAAGGUGUUUGGUUUGAAUGGACUGAUUUAGCUAUCUUUAUAUCAGAUUAUGAAUCUCAAACUAAAGAACUUGUUUCACCAAUAACGUCGUCUACUAAUAGUACCCCUACCAAGAAACUUCAAAUCAUUGAUGAACAGACCGCUAAACAAGUCAAUGAAAUGGCUAAUCAAACUACAAAAAAAUUCAAUGACAUGUUCAAGAAUAUGAAAUUAUCUAUAAUGCACACCAAUUAUGAAGAGAAGUUGAUCACUUUAGAAGAUCAAUAUAAUGAAAAAUUCUAUGAUUUACAUGAAUUGAAAUAUUUGAUAGAUUCUGAACUUACCGAAAAGACAGGUAAAUUGGAAUCUUUUGAAAAGUUGAAGUAUGAACUCAUUUACAAGUCUUUAAGUAAAUUGAGUGAAGUAGUCUAUAAUUUCUCAUUACAAUCCACUUCAAGACUACAUAAUUUUGCUUCUUCGAUGGUAAAACAAUGUCAAAAUCCUGAAAAUGUUGAAAAUGAUUUGAAAGAUUUAUUAUCCAAGUUUAGCUCCGGUAUAUUCACUCCUUCUAUUCUUUCGCCUGAAAGUUUCGCUAAAAAACAGUAUAGUACAGCCCAAUCAAAUAACAAUUUCCAGAAUAUCAAAUUUCAAUUCAAUCUUUAUAAAGAUAUUCCCUUACAAUUGAAAUUAUCUCAAACCGAUAAGAACGAUGAUUUGUUAAGCUUUACAUCUUUACCGUUUUUCAUUUAUCAAUUGAUAAAAUUGAUUGAGAACAAAAAUGACAGUCAUAAAGUGAGAGACUUAUGGAAAUUACCUUUGGAUCAUCAGCAAUAUUGGCAAAUCAAAGAAAAGAUUAUCAAUCUUUUGAAAGACGUAAACGAGGAGAAUAAGGUUGGUAGUGAAAAUUUUAUCCAACAGACAAUAAUCGAAAAAUUGAUCGAUGUGUUAAGUAAAGAAUCAUUGAAUUCAUUGGUUAAUUUGUUAAAGAAUUGGUUGUUAGAAAUCAGUGAUUCGUUGAUUCCUUGUGUGGUAUAUGAUUCAAUUAUUCAUAUUUAUCAGAAUGAAUCACCUGACUCCAAAGCAGAAUUAGUGAAGAUCUUAUCUUCGAUUCCAAGAAGUAAUUUGAGUUCUUUAUUAUUCUUAGUGGAGCAUAUAAGUGUUGAAUUUUCCUUGAGUCAAAUCCCUUGUUAUGGAUUGGGUGAUGAAUUCCCAUCAGAGUUAAAAAUCGCUAAUGAUGAAUCUAUGUUACAAGAAGUAUCAGAGACGUUGAACUCCAUGGAUACCAUUGGUGCUGUUCCAUUUACUCAUUUAAUUUUCAGACCUUCACCUCUUAAAGUGAGUCAAGGUUUUAAACCUCCUAUCAACAUUUAUAACCAGUUACUUCAUGAUCUUUUAAAUAUCGAUAUAAGAUGUUCACUUUUCAAUAAUUUAAUUGCUAGUGAGAAGAAUUAUAUCACUAAGAAAAAGCAGGAACAAAUGAAUUUGGGGUUACAAAAAAAAUUACCUCCUCCAAGUCCACGAAGACCAGCAAGUGAUUCUUUGGAUGUUCUUCCUAAGAGUCCUAUGCCUUUACCACCAUCUGAUAGCUUUUCUUUAAGACCAUUCCAUACUAAAAACACUCCAGUUCCAUCACCAAGUGCUUCACCAAGAAACUUAUCAAGAGAAUUAUUUGAUGCAAAGAUGAACAGUCGAGAGAGAAGUAGUAGUGGUUCAUUCUUAGCACCAGGAAUUGAUAUUGAGUUCGAAAAGAAAUAG